CCUCAGGGAUGUUUCCCAGACCGUCGCCAAUAGCCCAUUGUAAAGCUCUAGUACGACGUAAAUGAACUACAACAACAACAACUUGCCACUUUCAUAUACAGUUAAUCCAUCGUAUCGUAUCUGCUGUCUUUCUAGCUUCUGCCAGAGCCUUAUUAAUGGGAAUAGAAAGCUAUAAGCAUAAGCAAUGAUCUCGUCUCACUACACUACACAAAUGUUGUUGUCAAUCAUUCAAUCUAAACAAUUCGAGCUUAUUGUUAGGCAAUGUGAGUCAGGAAAAAUGUGCUCGAAAUAAUUUGUGCAUCAUGUUAAAAAGCAAUUCUUGCUUUAAUAUGUGCGAAAUAUAUUCUUUGAUUUUAGUUUGUGUGCUUUAAGAUACUUACACAAUGUUUGUCGAAAAGACAUUGUCAAUGAAUGGAGAAAAAUAAUUAUAGUCAUUAAAUGACAAAAAGUGUUUUAAAAUAAAGUAAAAACUUACUUUCUAUAAACAGUUUACCUGUUACAAAUUUUGUGCAUAUGGCACAGUCUUAAACUUAUUCCUGUGAAACAUGCAAUCAGAGUUUUUCAUAGAAAAGUCAUCUAACUGACCACAAUCGGCUGGUUUAAAAUCCAACUCUUAUGUAUGUAACAUUAGUUUUCACAAAUAUUAAUGUGACUGAAUACUGGCGUGUUGAUAUUAGUGACAAACCUUUUUCUUUUAGUAUAUGUAGUAAGAGUUUUUCUUUUUCAAUAGUGAUCUGACUGAGCAUAGUACUUUUCAUGCUGGUGUAACGCCUCAUUCUUGUAGUAUAUGUAACAAGAGUUUUUCACAAAGAAUUCAUCUGACUAUAUACAGUUAUGUUCAUACUGGUGAGGAUCCUUUUUCCUGUAGUAUAUGUAAUAAGAGUUUUUCACAAAUAAGUCAUCUAACCAAAUCUCAGUCGUGUUAACACUGGUGAGAAACCUUAUUCUAGUAUGUAAUAAGAGUUUUUCAUGCAAAAGUCAUCUGAUUAAGAAGAGUUGUUUUCACACUGGUGAGAGACCUUAUUCCUGUAGUUUAUGUGACAAAAAAUUUUCGCAAAUAAGUCGUCUGAACAAACAGUCGUGUUCGCACUUUUGAGAAACCUUAUUCUUGUUGUUUAUUUAAUAUGAGUUUUUCACAAAAAAGUCAUCUAACUGAACACAGCCUUGUUUACAUUGAUGAGAAACCUUUUUCUUGUAGUAUAUGCAACAAGAAUUUUUCGCAAAAAAGUCAUCUAACUAAACAUAGUCGUGUUCACACUUGUGAGAAACCUUAUUUUUGUAGUAUAUGUAACAAGAGUUUUUCUCAAAAAAGUAAUCUAACUAAACACAGUCGUCUUCACACUGGUGAGAAACCUUUUUCUUGUAGUAUAUGCAACAAGAGUUUUUCUCAAAAAAGUCAUCUAACUGAACACAGUCAUGUUCACACUGGUGAGAGACCUUAUUCUUGUAGUAUAUGCAACAAGAGUUUUUCGCAAAAAAGUGAUAUGACUAACCACAGUCGUGUUCAUACUGGUGAGAAACCUUAUUCUUGUAGUAUAUGUAACAAGAGUUUUUCGCAAAAAAGUUUUUUGACUGAACACUAUCGUAUUCACACUGGUGAGAAACCUUAUUCUUGUAGUAUAUGCAACAAGAGUUUUUCCAAAAAAAGUCGUCUAACUGAACAUAGUCGUGUUCACUCUGGUGAGAAACCUUUUUCUUGUAGUAUAUGCAACAAUACUUUUUCGCGAAAAAGUGAUGUGACUCAACACAGUCGUGUUCACACUGGUGAGAAACCUUAUUCCUGUAGUAUAUGCAACAAGAGUUUUUCGCACAUAAAUAAACUUACUAGACAUCGUCUUGUUCACACUGGUGAGAAACCUUAUUCCUGUAGUAUAUGUAAUAAAAAUUUUUCAGAAAGAAGUAAUUUGACUGAGCAUUUUCGUGUUCAUACUGGUGAGAUACCUUAUUCCUGUAGUUUAUGUAAUAAGAGUUUUUCACGAAAAACUUAUCUAACUAAACACAGUCGUGUUCACACUGGUGAGAAGCCUUAUUCUUGUAGUAUAUGCAACAAAAGUUUUUCGCAACAAAUGUCUCUAACGGAACACAGUCGUGUUCACACUGGUGAGAAACCUUAUUCUUGUAGUAUAUGCAACAAGAGUUUUACACGAAAAGGUUAUCUAACUAAACACAGUCGUGUUCACACUGGUGAGAAACCUUAUUCUUGUAGUAUAUGCAACAAAAGAUUUUGCCAUAAAAUAUCUCUAACUGAACACAGUCGUGUUCACACUGAUGAGAAACCUUAUUGUAGUAUAUGCAACAAGAGUUUUUCACGAAAAAGUGAUCUAACUAAACACAGUCGUGUUCACACUGGUGAGAAACCUCAUUCUUGUAGUGUAUGCAACAAAAGAUUUUCGCAGAAAAUUUCUCUAACUGAACACAGUCGUGUUCACACUGAUGAGAAACCUUUUUCUUGUAGUAUAUGCAACAAGAGUUUUUCACGAAAAAGUGAUCUAACUAAACACAGUCGUGUUCACACUGGUGCGAAACCUUAUUCUUAAAGUAUAUUCAACAAAAGUUUUUUCGCGAAUAAGUUAUCUGUCUAAGCACAGUCUUGUUCACAUUGUUGAGAAUCUUAUUCUUGUGCUGUAUGUAAUAAGAGUUUUUCAUGCAAAAGUCAUCUGACUAAACAUAGUUAUGUUUAUACUAGUGAAAAACCUUAUCUGUGCAGUAUAUUUAAUAUGAGUUUUUCACGUAGAGGUCAUCUGACUGAGUACUUUCGUGUUCAUACUGGAGAGAAGCCUUAUUCUCGUAUAUGUAAUAAGAAUUUUACAACAGUAAUAUAAUGAAACACAGCAUUGUUUAUACUAGUGAGAAACCUGAUUCUUGUAGUUAAUUCUUAACACCAUAUUCACUGUUGACACUGACCUAAUGUGUAUCACCCACUUCAGAAAUACUGGUUUGGAAAUUAUUGAACACGAGUCGAAAAGUGUAUUUUUCAAUAUUUUUGGGCCAUCUGUUUCCUAACUGGGGGUUUCUUAACUUGCUUUCCGGUUUUAGAUUUACAGCUUUAUUAACUGUGAUUGUUUUCAUUUUUCGCUGAUAUUUUUAAAAUAAUUUUUCUAUGAAAGACUUAAAUAGAUUGUAGUGUCUAAUUAAAUUUGAAUCACUCUUUAUCUGGACAAAUGAAAAAGGUGUUAAUUUUUGUUUUCCCAACUGAGUUGUAUAGAUGAGCAAAAGGAUCUAAGUAUUAUCAUUAUGAAUUUAGAUAUUUUAUUAUUAUGGGUAUCAUAAAGCUGCACACAAACAUAAAAAUAUUGUGUAGUUAAAAUUUUACCUCGCAUCAAGAUUUGUAUUGAUUGCACAAUAUUAAUUUCAGCAUAGUUUUUUAUUAUAUAUUAAAAAUAAUGUUUUUAGUUUUAUUAAUAGUUUUGUUUUAUGGAUAAAAAAAUUUAAAAUGCCAUUUGUUAUUUUCAUAUCUAAAUAUUGCACAUUGUUUUGCCUGUUCAUCCCUAUACUAUAUUUCAUUUUUGGGCAAGAUCUUUAAUCUCAAUAGAUGUCAUAGAGAUCUAUAAUAAUUUUAUUUAUUGCAUUCUUUUUAAAAUUUUAUAUUUCUUUCAAGCAUCAGUUGUUUUUUUUUUUUUUCAUUAAAAAAAUACAAAUAAAAGCUAGUUAAAUUAUUUAUAAUCUUAUUACUUACACUAUUCAUUUGAUCUAUUAUUAUGGACACAAUCUGAAUUAUCUAAGUUUUUUUUUUCUGAGUGAAAACUUUUUUAAGUGCAACAAUGACUGCUAAUAAUAUUUUGAGAAAUAUACAUUAUAUCUUCUAUAGAAGAUAGUAACCCAGGAAAAUUUAGUUUUAAUUUUAUUAAUAAGCAUUUAUUUUAUAUAAAUUACUUAUAGUUACAUCUAGUUAUAAAUUGACCUCACUGAGCAUCAAAAGUAUUAAUUUUGAAAACAUAAACAAAUAAAAAUUUGCCUUCUGCGCACCUGCUGUUACUCGAACCGGGAAAUCUUCAGGUUAAAGUUAGUUCACUCUGGGUCCAACUGACACGCAGUUACAUACAUGGUGAAAUGAAAUUUUGGAAUCUAAUCUGGAUUUGCUCUCAUAAAACCUGUGGGUUAGUUUCCUUGGUGAAUAUGGUGUUAAGGAUUUUUAUGCUCACUGCUCUGUUCAUACUGCUGACUAAUUUUAUUCUUUUUGUAAGUUUAUACAGAUAAUGUUGAAAUGACCUGUUUACAGUAAUUUUCAUAAUCUCAUUUGUAUAACUUUAUUUAAAAAUUUUUAUAAAAAAGUUUUUAUAGAAAGCUGUCUUGUCCAGAGCUUUUAUUAUUGAAUCUGUUUGUGAAGAGGAACAAUAUUUUUUUCUUUUAAUUCAGUUAGGCAGAACUGAUAUAAGACAUUCAAUAUCAUGAGACUUAGAAAUAGGGACUAUGAUUGACUGAAUGUUAGGUUUUCUUACUACGGCAUUCUGUUUG